UGAAACUGCUCAAGAGAAAUAUCUCAGCAGACAAGUGCAGAUGACUUGAGUGUUGCUCCUAACCAAACAUGAGCUGCUCAGAGAGGUACUUUUUUGAUAAUAUGAACAAUUGAUCAUUUGGAUAGUUAAGAUAUAUAGUAGAAUAUAGUGUUGCUAGAUGCAAGUGAAGCAUGUUAUGUAGGAGCUUGAUGGUUUUUAGUGCAUUGUGUGGUAUAUAAGUCGGACUGGUGGUUAUAAAUGAGCUAGGAGGCGUGGACAUGGCAAAACAUACAUAACAACACACUCUAAAAAUCAAUACAACACGCCUUUCUGUAAGGCUCUCAGCAACAUCAAAACAUCUCGCCUUCUUCCUUUAUGAAACUAAGAGGACAAGCCAUCACUAUCAUUGUCAUUGUGUUCAAGGAAUCAUACCUCUAACCAGAUCAGUUUAACAUAGGACAGCACACUUCAUCUAACAGACUAGAAAACCAAAAUUGAUUGUUUACAGCUUCUGCUGUGAGACUAAGAAGGCAUCACUAUGAGUAAAUCAAAAGAGAGCAGUACCUCAUCUUUCUCUCUGGAGACGGAUGACCAGACAGAGGAGGAGAGGUCAAAGGCCAAACAAAUGAAGAAAGGAGCCACAAAAGACAAGAGGCCCAUGGAUUCUAACUAUCUGGAUGACAUAGAGGAACCCUCAAGAGCAAUUAAAUUUAACCUACACUUUGACAGGGGGAUCAGAAAAGUAAAAGAGGAGCCAGAUCAGCAGGACAGCAGUGAGAGGUUUACCAUCAAGAGGCUGUUUGAGGCCGUGUCCAGUGGCGAGGUGUCAAAACUGCAGGGUUUACAUCAGUACCUGCACAAAAACAUGAAACGCCUCACCGACUCUCAAUAUAAGUCCAAUGGAAAGACAGCCCUGCUGAAAGCGCUUUUAAAUUUGCGGCAAGGCGAGAAUGACACUAUUGAACAUCUGCUGGACAUUGCAGAGAAACUGGGAGAUUUAAAAAGUCUCAUCAACGCUGCUUACACAGACAGUUACUACAAAGGUCAGACAGCACUCCAUGUUGCAAUUGAAAGGAGGAGUGCAAAAUUUGUACAGAUGCUGGUUAAGAAAGGGGCUGAUGUCCAUGCUAAGGCCUGUGGGAAAUUCUUUCAACCCAAUCAAGAAAUGUGCUUCUAUUUCGGUGAGUUGCCCUUGUCGCUGGCCGCUUGCACUAAUCAGCCAGACAUUGUGGACUUCCUUAUGGACAACCCUUACCAGGCGGUGGAUGUCAGGGAGAGGGACUCUCAUGGAAACAUGGUGCUUCACGCACUAGUAUCCAUAGCUGAUAAUAGUCCUGAAAACACAGAGUUUGUCAUUGCCAUAUAUGACCACAUCUUAAUCAAAGCUGACCAACUUCACCCCAAGAUCAAACUGGAGGAAAUCGAAAAUAACGAGGGACUCACACCAAUCCAACUAGCCGCCAAAACAGGAAAAUUGGGGCUGUUUAAGCACAUCGUGCAGCGGGAGUUUAAGGGGUGCAGGCAUCUGUCACGGAAGAUCACGGAGUGGGCCUACGGACCCGUGUGCUCGUCUCUGUAUGACCUCGCUUCCAUCGACACCUACGAGAAGAACUCCGCACUGGAGAUAGUCGUUUAUGGCAGUGAGAUUCCAAAUCGCCUCGAGAUGCUCCAUAUUGAGCCUGUUAACAGACUACUUGAAGAGAAGUGGGAUAGAUUUGCAAAGCAGAUGUUCAUGUUUAACUUUAUCGUUUACAUUAUCUACCUUUUCAUCUUCACUGCUGUAGCUUAUCACCGUGAAGAAGGAAAGGAGAAGAACAACAGUAACAACCAAUCAUUAAAGCCUCCAUUUCAUAAUAGAAGAGAUAUUAAAGGCUACCUGCUUCUGACAGGACAGAUCAUAACUCUCAUUGGAGCCCUAUACUUCUUCAUUAGAGGGUUAAUAGAUAUGAUAAGGAAGCGUCCGAGAUUUCAGUCCCUGGUCAUAGAUGGAUAUACCGAUCAGCUUUUUUUUCUGCAGGCCGUACUCCUCUUGGUGAGUGCUGUACUCUACUGUUUUAAUCAGGAUGAACAUCUGGCCUUUCUAGUGCUGAGUCUUGCCUUGAGCUGGGUAAACCUACUCUACUUCUCCAGAGGGUCCAAAAAUAUGGGAAUCUACAGUAUUAUGAUACAGAAGAUGAUUCUUGGAGAAAUUCGUCGAUUCCUUGUUGUGUACAUGGUCUUCCUCAUUGGCUUCUCUGCAGCCUUGGUAACUCUCCUUGAUGAGAAAUCUAUCGAAACCGAAAAGCAAACCCGAAGGGCUAAAUUUUCAGAUCCUGAUAAUGAAAAUGAAGCCUGCAAGAAGCCCACAUUCAGGAACAUCUACUUCACCACUCUGGAGUUGUUCAAGUUUACGAUUGGCAUGGGAGAUCUGGAGUUCACUGAUCAUUAUAAAUAUAAGGAGGUCUUCUAUGUGCUGCUGAUUCUGUAUAUAGUGAUGACAUAUAUUCUGAUGCUGAACAUGCUGAUCGCUCUGAUGAAUCAAAGUGUGGACCGGAUGUCCAUAGAAAGCACUAGCAUCUGGAAACUACAGCGUGCAAUCACCACCUUGGACAUGGAGUGGAUACUUCCCCAUUGUCUGAAGACAAAGCUGCGCUCAGGGGAAGAGAAGGAUCUGGGAGGAGGGCAAGAAGAGCCUGAUCGACGCUGGUGCUUCAGUGUGGAGGAAGUCAACUGGAACCAAUGGAACAGAAACAUGGGUAUAAUUAAUGAGGAUCCUGGGAAAUGCACGAGUUUACCAUCCCCAGCUAAACCUCAGAGAGAGCCCAGUCAGCGUGGACUCCUGCAAACAUUCAGUAAGCGCUGGACACAGAGAACACAGCGCAGAGAUGUACAGGAGCUGAGUCCUCUAGCUGAGGCCUCUAGCUCAGUCUGAUGCUUUUAUAAUCAAUAUCUAUUGCAAUCUGUUUUGCAAUUACCUUUUAUUACAACUGGUGAAGGAAUAAUUAUAUUUUAUGACUGGAUAAAACUUGACUGUGGUCCGUUUAGAGAACUUAUUCACCUCAAGGGUGGUCAUUCCUUUUAUGCAUCAUAUCUUUGUAAUCCUGUAAAUGUUUUUUUUUUUUUUUUAAAUGAAUAUGCAUGUGUUGUAAUUUAAGGAAGCAUUUUUAUAAAAGUAUGUAGUUUUAGUUUUAUCAAAACAGGGCUGUUUCCCAAAAGCAUCACACAAGCCGAAGUUGAUCAUGGAGACCAUUGCCACCAUGUAAUAUACUACCCAAUGUUCACUUAAUUUUGAUAAAAUUAAACUAAUACUAUUUCCAUAUUUAAAAUAAUAGAAUUAUAUGCAUAACAUUAACUUUUAAAGGUGUAAACAUAAAAGCACCCCAAAUAGCCUACCUAAUUUCCAACACCCAAAAAUAACAUUUCAUGUCUCUCCAGCCUUUAAAAUGUGUCUAUAUACCAGAAUACAACAAAAUAUGCGAGAUGCAAGAAUUGAGGCACAUAUUGGUGACAUGAAAAUGCACUGCAUAACACCCAAGUUUCGGAAAAUUUGGGAUGUUUUUUAAAUCUGAAUAAAAUGAAAACAAACACUUUCAAAUCA